UUAAUAAUUCACUCGCACACCGACGCGUCCCAGCAGGUGUUGAACCCGGAGCGACUAAAGGCGCUGGAGAAGUGGCUGCAGGAGACUGAAGUCAAGCUGACCCAGGUCAAUGGCCAGAGGAAAUAUGGAGGUCCGCCUGAUUGUGAGUAUGUAUGAUUGGAACCAAAAGGCCUAUGGCGCUGUAAAUGCUCUCCUGUUUUCAGUGGUAGGCAUCAGACAGCUUAUGUUGUUGAGGUAUCCAGUGGUGUAAAGUAAAAAAUACUUUCAAGUACCACUUAAGUAGUUUUUUGGGGUAUCUGUACUUUACUUUACUAUAUAUAUAUUUUUGACUACUUUUACUUAACUACAUUCCUAAAGAAAAUGUACUUUUUACUCUACAUUUUCCCAGACACCCAAAAGUACUCGUUACAUUUUUUAUGCUUAGCAGGAAAGGAAAAUGGUCAAAUUCACGCACUUAUCAAUUGAACAUCCAUGGUAUUCUCUACUGCCUCUGAUCUGGUGGACUCACUAAACACAAAUGCUUUGUAUGUAAAUAAUGUCUGAGUGUUGGAGUGUGCCCCUGGCUAUCCGUUAAAAAAAAUAUGAAAAUUGUGCCGUCUGGUUUGCUUAAUAUAAGGAAUUUGAAAAUAUUUAUACUUUUACUUUGAUACUUAAGUAUCAAAAGUAAAUGUAAUUGCUAAAAUAUACUUAAGUAUAUUUAAAACCAAAUACUUUUACUCAAGUAGUAUUUUACUGGGUUACUUUUACUUGAGUCAUUUUCUAUUAAGGUAUCUUUACCUUUACUCAAGUAUGGCAAUUGGGUACUUUUUACACCACUGGAGCUAUCCAUUCUUCAAUGUAUGAAGAACUGUAGACUUGUGGAUAAUAUUUGCGAAAUCUCCUGUAAGUAGAUAUGCCUACUAGAAUAGCCAUUUACUUAAUCACACCCUAAUGACACACACCUGUUGGUGAUGAAGCGAUCAGCUCACACAUGGAGAACUAACUCAUCUACAGGGAACAGAUUGGCAAGCUAAUUGGAAUUAAGGCAAAUUCACCAGGGGCGUAUUCAUUACGGAACUGUUUAGUUUCAGAACCAAACGGAAGCAAACAGUUUCUAUUGAACAUUCAGGUAGGUCCCUCACUGUUCCAAUUGCUUCCGUUUAAGAAACGUUUUACAACAGAAUCUGCGUAAUGAAUACGCCCCUGGGCACCUCCGAUGUUUGCAGAUCUGUAAAGUGGAAAAAAUAUGGAAGUUCCUCCACUACACUGCUUAUACCUAUCCAUACCCUUCAGAUCUGUAAACAUCAGAAGGUUAGGGGAAAGGCUAGCGAGAGAAAAUAACUUGCGAGAGAAAAUAACUUGCAAGUCAAAGCCAAUCUAAUGAAGCCACUCCUGACUCCACUGCUCCCUCUGGUGAUUAGACUGGCUUGGCGCCCCCCCUGGGCCGGGCUGUGAGGUGUUCAUCAGCCAGAUCCCACGGGACGUCUUUGAGGACCAGCUGAUUCCGCUGUUCCGUGCAGUGGGCCCGCUCUGGGAGUUCCGCCUCAUGAUGAACUUCAGCGGACAGAACCGUGGCUUCGCCUACGCCAAGUACGGCAGCCCUGCCUCGGCCGCCGCCGCCAUCCGCUCGUUGCACGGCCGCGCCCUAGAGCCAGGGGCACGCCUCAGUGUACGGCGCAGCACGGAGAAACGUCAGCUCUGCCUUGGGGAGCUGCCCAUCUGCACAGGGAGGGAGCAACUGCUGCAGGUCAGGAGGGAACAGGGAGUGAGGGUGGGGUUGGUACAGGUGGAGGGACGUGUGGGGUGGGAAUGAUGCAUGUAGAAACAGAAUAUUACAAAAAUAGCUGAAUUUACAGUUUUCUGGGCAUGUUUGGUCUGUGUGUGUGUAAUUCUUGUGUCCCACCUGCAGGUGCUGCGGGACUUCUCUGAGGGGGUGGAGGGAGUGUCCCUGAGAGCGGGGCCUGGGGAACAGGGGGUGUCUGCACUGGUGGUCUACGCCUCCCACCAUGCAGCUUCCAUGGCCAAGAAGGUGCUGAUUGAAGGUAGGCCAGGGACCUCAUGGAGAUUUAGUGUACUGAUCAGAGUACACAAAGCUUUCUGUUAGCAGCUCUUUUACAUUUGAAAUGCUCCCAUCUGACCUUUAAUAAUUCCCUCUGCCUUUCCUCCUCUCUCUCUCUCUCUCUGCAGCCUUUCAGAAACGCUUCGGGCUGGCCAUCACUUUGAAGUGGCAGUCCUCUGCUAGGCCCAAGCACGAUGAGCCUCCCAGAUCCCCCAAAACCCCUCCCUCCUCUCCUCCCAAACCUCCCCGCCGCUCCCUCCUCGACAGCCACCGGCCUCCCCUGCUGCCCCCGCGCCUCGCCCAGCGUCAGCUCCCUGCCUUCUCCCGGGCUGUGGGGGCGCCCUCUCCCAUGGUGCACGCUGCUCCUGGUUCCCCCAGGGGGGCGUCGUCCAUGUUGCCUCCUGUGGAUGCAGCAGCACUGCUCCAGUGUGUGUGUGAGGUAUACGGGCAGGGGAAGCCCCUCUAUGACCUGCAGUACCGCCACAUGGGGCCUGAUGGGUUCCUGUGCUUCAGCUACCGGGUGUAUGUGCCAGGGCUGGCCACACCCUUCACUGGGAUGGUGCAGACUCUGCCCGGCCCCAACCCUGGAGCCAUACAGGAGGAGGCUCGCAGAGCUACAGCCCAGCAGGUCCUCAGCGCUCUGUACAGCGCCUGA